UCUGUUUUAUAGGAAUUGACUUGAAUUGAGCAAUGGGAGAAUUGAAGUCUCUGCUUCGUCUUCAUCUGCUCUGCAAUUUUGCAGACUGAAUUGAAGAGAAGGGAACACGAAUCUUCAGAUAAACCCUCAAACUAAGUGUUCAGGUUCCGACAAACAGAUACGUAUAUUUGAAGAAACAAACGACCGGCCGUUUUGUUCCUUAAAAAAUUGUGGGUCUGCAACAAAAACAGGGACGAGGUUGGUGUGAACCUUAGAUCUUGGUUUGGGAAUGGCGAGGGGUAGUAGAUCAGUGACGAGUAGCAAGUGGAGGCACUGCCACCCUUCCUAUUACCUGAAGCGCCCGAAGCGUCUAGCUUUGCUCUUCAUUGGUUUCGUUUGCGUUUCUUUUGUUGUGUGGGACCGUCAAACCCUGGUCAGAGAGCACCAGGUUGAAGUUUCUGAGCUGCGGAAAGAAGUGACUGAUUUGGCAAAUUUGCUGAGUGAGUUAAAUAACAAACAAGGUACUUCUGGGAAGAUUGACCUGAGUACUAAAGUUACCAGGUCCAGUAAAGAGGUGCUAGAUGAUCCCAUUGAUAUCCAGAGGAGGGAAAAAGUAAAAGAAGCAAUGCUUCAUGCUUGGGGAUCUUAUGAAAAGUAUGCAUGGGGCCAGGAUGAACUUCAGCCACAAUCAAAGAGUGGUGUCAAUAGCUUCGGAGGUCUUGGAGCAACAUUAAUAGAUUCUCUUGAUACGCUAUAUAUUAUGGGUCUCAAUGAGCAGUUUCAGAAGGCACGAGAAUGGGUUGCAAACACUUUGGAUUUUAACAAGGAUUACGAAGCAAGUGUUUUUGAGACAACCAUAAGAGUAGUAGGUGGUCUUCUUAGUGCAUAUGAUCUUUCGGGGGACAAAGUUUUUCUUGACAAAGCUAGAGAAAUUGCAGACAGAUUGCUGCCUGCAUGGAAUACGCCUACAGGAAUUCCUUACAACAUCAUUAAUUUGUCACAUGGACGAGCACACAACCCUAGUUGGACUGGGGGUGAGAGUAUCUUGGCAGAUUCUGGCACUGAACAACUGGAAUUCAUUGUUCUAUCUCAAAGGACUGGAGACCCAAAGUAUCAGCAGAAGGUGGAAAACGUAAUUAUCCAGCUAAAUAAAACAUUUCCUGGUGAUGGAUUACUUCCCAUCUACAUUAAUCCUCAUAGUGGGGCAGCAGGCUACUCUCCUAUCACAUUUGGGGCCAUGGGUGAUAGUUUUUAUGAGUACUUGCUCAAAGUUUGGAUACAAGGGAAUAAGACAUCGGUCGUAAAACAUUAUAGAGAUAUGUGGGAGAAAUCAAUGAAAGGUCUGUUAAGUUUGAUUCGGAGAUCAACACCAUCUUCUUUUGCUUAUAUAUGUGAAAAGAAUGGGGGAUCUCUCACAGACAAAAUGGAUGAACUAGCAUGCUUUGCUCCGGGGAUGAUUGCAUUGGGAUCAUUUGGUUACAGUGCUGCUGAGGAUUCACAGAAGUUUCUGUCACUAGCAGAAGAGCUUGCUUGGACAUGUUAUAACUUCUACCAAUCAACUCCAACGAAAUUGGCUGGAGAGAACUAUUUCUUUCAUUCUGGGCAGGACAUGAGUGUGGGCACAUCAUGGAACAUACUGAGGCCAGAGACAGUUGAGUCCCUCUUUUACCUUUGGCGUCUAACUGGCAACAAAACAUACCAAGAAUGGGGUUGGAAUAUAUUUCAAGCUUUUGAGAAGAACUCCCGCAUAGAGUCAGGCUAUGUUGGACUGAAGGAUGUUAAUAGUGGGGUCAAAGACAACAUGAUGCAAAGCUUCUUUCUUGCAGAGACCCUGAAAUAUUUUUAUCUUCUCUUCUCUCCUUCUUCAGUCAUCCCAUUAGAUGAAUGGGUAUUCAACACAGAAGCCCACCCUCUGAGGAUUGUGACCAGAAAUGAAGGGGGACUAUAUAAGAAUUUAAAUGAGAAGCAAAAACCUUUUUCUAGAAUAGGUGGCAGAAAAGAAGGUCGAUCAGGUUAGAUAUCCAUUCUUCUCUAAUCAUUGCUGAUUGAACCCCUUUUACCAAAACUGUAGAACAGCAGUUUGUUCUAUUAUGGUGGCUUGUAAGAUGUCAGAAUUUUCUCAUUGGGAGGAGGUUGAGGCUGGGAGGGGUAAUAAGGGUUCAUUCAGCCACAAAACACCAUCUAAUAUAGGAAAUAGUUCCUCAUUGAUGUUCUUAAAAUGGGUUUAUUCAAGGUGAAACUGAACUUUGAUUGAUGAAUGACCCUUCUGAAAUUCACUGCUAGGAGCUUGUUGCCCUUUAUUUUUUAUUAUAUUUUUCUGGAACCAAAUUUUCAGGGUUCUAUUGAGGCAAUAUAUCUACGAAAUACAAGAUAAUCCUUGCAUGUUUA